GUGCGAAAGGGAGCGCGUGAGAGGCCGGUGCUGCUGCCGAGGCCGGGUGAGAAGGAGCUGGCUGCUCCCGGUGCCAGAGAAGGGGCAGCGACUCAGCUUCCCUCCACCUCCGGGCCAGACCUGACCCGAGAGCGGAGCUCUGGCUGCACGUUGGAGCCAGGCUCCAGGGAGGAAGACUUUCCUCUCACAAACGCACCCGGGCCGCGCCAGGCAGGCAUCAUGCGCCCGGUCCCUGGACGAAGCUGGGCGGCCUUUGUCCAGGGCCGGAAUUAGGUUUGAUGAGGCCCUGAGCUCCUGAAGGUGAUGGCGCCCUUUAUAUGUCCAGCUGUCCUUUGUCCACAACAAAUGGUCGCUGUUUUUUGUGUUGAAUAUAUGCCAUAUGGUAACUGAUGGACGUAACAGGUAUCCAAAGCCACUUGCACAUGUUUCCAUGCGACCACUCCAUGCUUAAUUCAGUCCAGUUCUCUUGUCUGCUAUUAGACAAGCAGAAUAGGGCACCCUAUAUAUAGAAAGGAGCAAACCAGUGAUAUUUUAGGAGCAGGCUAGCAGGCGAGGCCCAUGACUUACAUCAUAGGAGCCUACAUGACACACAACACUGUUGGUGCAUGUAGGCUUUAUUUUAUUUGAUUUUUAUCUUAUAUUUUGGACAUGUACAUCCAGGUGUUUUUUUCCUUUAAUUUUUUUAGGGGCCCCCAAGAGAGUGGUGCCUGAAGAUAUAGCUUGUUUAGCUUAUGUGUAAAUCCGGCACUGCGUAUGCCCAUGGAUUGUUUUGUUUUCAACCAACGCAAGGAGACGAGGGAGAGUACAGACUUUGCAAUAAGCAACCAUGCAACCAAACGGUCGUCAAGUGGGAGUUUGACCAAUCUGAGCAAUGGGGAACGAGCCACGUGAAGGUCCCCUCAGCAAGCCCAGCUGCCUCUGGGAGCUUCAGGAGAGCAGCAUGUGAUGGAUGGCUCUUGAGGUGGCCUGCUAGGAGUGGCAGCAGACAGGGAGGGGGGCGCUUUCUGCUGAUAGUGUCUAGGACAAGUAUCUUUGUGUCCAGAAGAAAUGUUGUAAAAUGAUAUAUAGGGAAGCCUUACAUACCACAGUUGUGGAGAGAAAAGAACUUUCAUUGCAGUGUGGGAGCUUGUGACCCUUGCAAUAACACAAUUGCAUGUUCUGAAUCUACAAACAAACCUUUGUCCCAAUAAGUUGACAGAUAAACCAGUUCAACAAACAUCCCCUCUCUAAAGACAUGGUGCAGGGAGCUGAUUGUUGUGGGAAUCCGGAUGUGUCCCUCUGAUGGAAGCCUGAAGACAUGGUUUGGAACUUCAUAUUGUGUUCCCACAGACAGCUUUGGAGACUGAAACAAGCCUUUUGGUCCCCUGUGGUCAGGUUUGAAAACGAAUGGCAUUCCAGAGUCAAGUCAAAUGGCACGUUUGACAAAUGAAUAAUUUGAGAAUGAAUAAUGUCAAGCUUAAAGAAAUGCAAAAAGUGGCUCCCAAGUGAUUGUGGUAUUCAACUAAGUUUUACUCAGCAUUAAUUACACACUUAAGUUACUGAACAUGACUGUUUUAUUGAUUGAUUGAUUGAUUGAUUGAUUGUAUUUCUAUACCACUCUUCAUCUGAGGAUCACAAGGUGGUUUAAAAUAUAAAACCAAAAAAAAUAAGAAGCAAAAUAGUAAGAAGCAAAAGCAACACCCCCACCCUUUAAAAGGCAAUAAGUUAAUAUGUCUACUCUGAAUCAAAGUUCGUUGCAAUCCUUUAAAAGGUGUUUCUGGCAUGUGGUUCUGUAUACAUGGCUGUAAAUUUUAAUUGAUUGAUCAGACAGAUUGAGAAGCCAAACUUUGAUCAACCAAAAAGGUGUGAUUAAUGAACCAGGCAGUAGAUUAGAAAAAAAUGUUUUGAUACAAUAAAUAACAUGGUAUAAAACUGAUAUCAGUGUAUAGUGUGGAUGAGGAUGUCUGCAAAGGGUGGAGCGCUUAAUGAAAACCAAUAUUCCACCUGUGGAGCUGUGGCGAGCAAAAACGUGGAACCUGAGGAGAGUCCAUGAUGCUGUGCUUUCCUCCCCCAGACGAACCAAGUGUUUUAUGAGAGGCUAAACACCUUCUGUCCUGACCUAGCUGAACUGUGUGGCUUUGGGAAGGUGACUUUGUUCCAAGGAUCUGGAACCAACUUGCUAAUCCUCAGGACUGUCACUCCUUGACCUGCCUGAGCCUCUUAUGUGUGAUGCAUUUCUGACGUUUGCAAAAGGGGAUGUCCUUCUCCAUGCCAAAAUGCAAACCUUUAAAAAAAGUUGUUUUUUCUUUGUUCGGGAUUCUUCACCUUCUGACAGGGGAGGGGGGGAGAACUCUGUUGCAACAGACAAUAAAAGAUCAGCUUUGCUUUCACCGGAUUUCUGCCUCAGUUCAUUAAUCUCUGACCGGUAACAAAUUUGGGGAGUUGGGCCAUCAGAAGUCACCCCUCUAUUUUCUGGUAACACUAAUAACUGAACACACCCAGAGUUCAAAUGGCUGUAGUAUGUUGUUGUUUUGUUUAGCUGUGAAAUCUAAUAUGUUGUCAGAUUACAGACGGAUGCAAUUCAAGGGGCUAGUCCCCAUUCUGUUGCCAGUUUUGCUGGAAUCUUGUCUGUCUGAUACCCACCCAGUCCCCUGCUACCCAGGAACUUUCCCAAGCUGGUUCAUGUUUUUUUUCUUUAGUCUGAGGCUAUUGGAUUGAAGUGUCAGGAAGAAGAAAGGUGUGAGUUGUGGCAGAAGGGACAAAAGGUCCUCAGGAAGUUUUUCUGAAAGUGGUCAUAGAAAGGUUUCCUGCAAGUGGCUGGAAAGUUUCCAGAAAGUGAUUGUAAGUAGAAAGACAAUGGUUAAAAUAUGUAGCUUAGGACUCUCUCAUUGUAAAUAGGCUGGUUCAUUUGGGGCUAAAGUAGCCCUGUUUUCAGGCAUUUACUGCCUGAUUUAUUGCUUGCUUGCUGUGAUGUUUGCUCAAACUUCACCCUUGUGGAAAGGUCCUUUGGUGUCAUCUUUAGGACUGCGGGAAGGGAGGAUUGUGUUCUGUUUGCCUACAAUGUGCUUAGCCUGUUUGGGGAAUUAGAUUGGCAGGAAGCUUCCUGAAAGUGAAUAAACUGUAAUUUGUUUGAUGUUAGUCCUGAGCAAAAUAUGAGUUAACAUGCCUAUGGUAUAGUGCAGUGGUUUUCAACCAUUCUGCCGUGGCACCCUGGGGUGCCUUGAAUGUUGGUCAGGAGUGCCAUGGGCAACACUGGCCUCUGUCCCUCUUUCCUUCCUUCCCUCUUCUGAUGCCCUCUUGUGUCUCUGCCUCCCAAAGGCUUGCACAUCUGUUUGUGCAGCAGCCCUGGUUACAAGCUCCCCAGGUGAAGGAUGCCUCUGGGUCUGGCCAGGGGGUGCUUCCCAGGCCCCUGUGGGGCAGUGUGAGGAGGCACCUCUCUUUGGGGUCAGCUCAGAGACCAGGGGCGACAGCAGCAGCUGCCCAGAGGACUCCAGAGGAGAGGAGAGGAGGCUGAGGGAAUCCUCCACAAGGGAGGGUGUUUGAAAAAGGGUGUGAGGCUGCCAGCUUGGCACACAGUGGGGUGACAUAACUGGGCUCCUGAGACCCACACAGGUGCCGCAGAAAGAAUGUAGUUGGCCAAGGGAGUCGUGGACUCAAAAAUCUUGAAUGCCUCUGGUGUAGUGGAUAUUCUGGAAGCGCUGUUCAUAUUGUAAUUUGUAUUGUAAACCUGAUAACAAGGUUUCAGGGACAAGUUUUGUGUCUUCCUGCGAGGGGCAGCGCGGGAAUGUUUUAGCUCUCUAAUGGAGAGAGAGCUGCCUACCAGCAACUUUUAACUAACUGUAAAAUUGCAAAAAUUGUCUUUCUCAGUCUGGGAUCUUAUUUAAGAUUCCCUAGGGUAACUGGGGGCUCUGAGCCCCACUUUAAGACUGUGCAUUUUUAAUCGUCUGUUAUGCCUUGUCUCAAGUGGUGGCGGGGGGAAUGUUCCCAGUCCUUAAUUGUAAAUCGGCUGGUUGUUUUUUGGGGGGGAUCUGGGCUAGCCUUGCUCUCAGUCUCUGUGUGCUUCCUGAGCAUAAAAGCUUUAGGACUGUCAGGGGAAACAGUGCACUUAUAAUGUGUAUAUUGUGCAAUGCAUUUGUUUAUAAUGCAUUUAUCCAGCUGAAGGGUCAGUGUUUUUAUUCCACCCUCCUUUGUAGGGUAACAGCCUCCCACAGAAAUGCAUUACAAAAUUCUGAAAUAAAAUAAUUAUAUAUACAGUUCAAGGGCUACCACAGCUACUGCUCCCCAUAAAUGUUAAACAACUCUUGAUUUGAGAUGGGACUACUUUAAACCUGUAGCCGUACACAUUUGAUUUGGAGGAAGUUCCAUUUAGAACAAUUGGACCUAAUUGUGAGUAGGAAUAUAUAGGAUUGUAGUUUAAGAGAGAGAGAAACAGACACCCGUUAUGAACCCACUUUUGAGGAUUAUGAUAAAAAGCCAGUUGUAAACAUUUAAAAGAACAAAAGAACAAAUAAAAGUACCCCUCCUGCUGCAAAAUGAUCUCUGUCUGAAAACUAAACUGGAGAGGAAAGAUUAGAAGAGAGGCUGGGGUGAAAAAGUCAGAGAGCAAGACAUGGGUUAGAUCAAACAUAACCAGAUGAAAAUCCUCAUCAUUAACAGGCUUAGCCUAUGAUCAACUCCAAUUAUGGCAAACUACAGUGAGAGGUGGGGAGGGACUUGGGUGGCCCAGCGCCAGGAGUGCGUCAGUUUAGUAGAAGGAAACUGUCCAAGCACACUGGCUGUGCCACAUGCAAGAGUACACAACCCAGCCAGAUGGACAGGGUAUAAAUAUUAUUGGUAUUAGUAUUAUUGGUAUUAUUGAAAAUAGAGGAUCUUGCACCUGUGGCUUGUGGGGCUUCUUCGACAUAAAAAGUUAUACCUAGCAGCUCCAGAUCCUUACAAGGCCUUCUUUGUCCAGUCUCUCUUCUAUCUUGUUUUCACCUCAUUCUGUGAGUAGCCAUUGCCACCCUACUGAAGACUGUAUAACAGUGUGGUCCAAACCACAGCCUGCAGGCUACAUGCAUCCGCGAGGCCUUUUUGGUCAGCCUUCAGCAACAUUCAAGAAAAAAAACACCUUAAGGCCUUACAAAAUAUUGUCAUGUGUUGUUAACAAAAGAACAUAAUCUUUCUCUGCAUCAAAUUUGUUUAAUAAUUAAAUCUAGAAUCAUAGAAUCAUAGAGUUGGAAGAGACCACAAGGGCCAUCGAGUCCAACCCCCUGCCAAGCAGGAAACACCAUCAGAGCACUCCUGACAUAUGGUUGUCAAGCCUCUGCUUAAAGACCUCCAAAGAAGGAGACUCCACCACACUUCUUGGCAGCAAAUUCCACUGUCGAACAGCUCUUACUGUCAGGAAGUUCUUCCUAAUGUUUAGGUGGAAUCUUCUUUCUUGUAGUUUGGAUCCAUCGCUCCGUGUCCGCUUCUCUGGAGCAGCAGAAAACAACACACAAUCUAUUAAUUGUGUGUUUAAUUACAAACACUUUAAUUUACAGUAUGGAAAUUUAAUUUACCGUUUGUCUUGUGGCCCACAUUGUAUGAAAAGUUGGACCGCCUUGCUGUAUAAUGUGGUCUCCCAAGGUCUCUCUCUUCUCUCCUCAAACCCUUAUAAGGAGGAGAACCCUUGGAUUGUUCUUGAAAUGUGAAGGUGGUACGUCAAGUUCUCAGUUGGUGGGGAGGACACAUAAGGCAGCGGCAGAAGGUGCCAAGUUCAAUCCUCUCCCCAGUAAUCUUCACUUAGGCUCAGGCCUCAUUCCAGAUUUUGGGCGGGGGGGAGGGUUCUUGCCCCAAGUGCCCUCAGUGAGCCUUUUCCAGCACUGACCACCUUUUUGCUUCCCACCACCAGGCAAGCACAUUUGUGAGACAGGCACAUGUGCAUAUUAACUGCAUCCAUACCAUGGAAAGUGUGCCUAGUUUGGCCUCUGAGGUGCUGGUUUGGGGACCCCAAAAGUGAGUUUAGUGUAGGGGAAGUGGAGCCUGAAAGUAAAAGGCCCAUUGCUGAACUUAAUGAGCAAGGGCUGAGAUUUCCCCCAAGAGGGGCCACUAGGGGGCGCAUUGGAAGAUGGCCGACAAUACCAUCUCUCCGACCCACACGGGGUAAUUAAGAGGCUGUUAUGGGAGUAGGCAGCCUCCCUUGUUGCCCCAAGGAAAUGGGGAACACUGCCCUUGCCUGCUGUGCCCAUAAAUCACCCCCUAAUUCAAAAGAAGGGGGUGAGGGCCCUAGGCAGAAUGCCCCCGUGUGGACCUCGGCUCUCCUGGACGCUGUCUCUGAUUGCGCACUAGCUGCAGCAAUUUGGAAUAAUUAAUUACAAAAGAAGCAAAUGCACAUAUUUCAAGUGAAGAAGGGGAGUGAAGUCUGCUAAUUUAAGUGACCUCUGCGAAAGAAGACGACGGGUUGGAGAAACAGGAAUAUUUUACGAUGAAGAUACACCAAAGGCUGGGUAUGUUGGGACUGAAUGGGGGGGGGAACCUUUUUUACUUUCCUUCUAUGUGAUUUACCCCUCCUCAUUAGAAUCGUCAGUUGAACUGACCCAAGCAGGAUGAUUAAGGUCUGUGUGGAGAUAAACUUUAACCAAAAGUAUGCUUUAUGGAGAUCGAGAAGCAAUAAGAGCUUUUGGGAAUAGCGCAGCAAUUAAUUUGGAGUCGCCAUCUUGCCAAAGGAUUUAUAGCCGGGAGGAAGAACUUUCCCAAGAGUUGUGCCCUGCAAUGUUUCAUUUUCAAAUAAAAACGGAAUGCUUCCCAAACAGAGCACACUAAGUAUGCUCUGCAGCUCUAGAUGUGACCAGGGAGGCAGGUCCAUCCCUGACAUCAUUUGUUUGGGGGCUGAGCUGCUGAGAAGCCAAGGCUGGCAGGGUGGAGAGCCCGUAAGUCAUUAGCAGGAGUGUCUGGUGGUGUACGUGUGUGUCUCUUUGAAGCCAGCUUGCUCCACGGAAGGAAGGGCAGGCAGCCCUGUGUGAAUUGCAUAGGAGUCAAAAGGCUUCCCUGGAUAUGUCGGCCACAACUGCAGCUGUUCUUCUCUCUCUCUUCCUAGAGGCUCACCUUUCUGCACAAGCACCUGUCAACGGUAAUGCAUUUCCAGACUUCUUUCCUGUUGUCCCUGUUCCUAAAGUACUGUAGCAGUAAUGCAUGUGGCAGUUGGGAAGCUAAGCACUAACCGAAUUGCAUGUUUUGCAUUUUAUUACCAUUUCAAUCUACCUUUUACGUUCUCCUCCACCCAGCCACUACACCCCAGCCUGCUGAGAACAACUUUCCAGGCAGCUGAUUAAGUGGACUCUAGCCUAGUCCAGGAAAGCAAGUUGUUCUCUAAUAAGCGGUUUAGUCUUUAAAGUGCUGCAGGACUCUGCUGGUUUUUCUUCAAGAAACCAAUACAGUUGCUCCUUUGGAAGUUAUCAGAUGUCUUAGUGGCCACACUUGAUGUUCUUAAGUGCAUGCAAAAGACGAGUGUUUGCAUUUGCUUGCUGGCAGUACCCAAAUGCUUACAAUGCAUCCUUAAGAAAUAUUGAUAAAGAAUAUAUUCCUGGAGGGACUGCAGAAACCGACAGGGAUGACCAACAGCUCAGACCACACAAGCUGUGCUAAUAAUAUUAUACACCAGUGUUUUAAACUUUUUCACAGGUAUUAUCAUCUUUACAGCAGCCCAGUCAGGUUGGCUAGUAAUAAUAUGCCCAUUUUGCAGAUGUGUUGUGAGGCUGAUGCUGUGGGAGAAGAGCAGCUUGCUUAAGGCCACCUCUUUAUUGAUUCAUUAUUUAUUCACUACAUUUCUAUGCUGCCCAAAUAAGUGAAGUUCUUUGGACUGUUUGCAAGAUAAACGUUAAAACCAUAAAAUUCAAAAUAGAAUGGGAAAUCUAAACCAGUUUAGAACAGUCACAGAUAGAAACAAACAAAAAACCAAAAGCAGAAGACAACAGUGGUGCAAGGUUCCUAAAAGCUCUUGCACUGGGGUUGCCCUAUUUCAAAAAGUGAAAAUCCCGUAUAGAAAAGUUGGUGAGCUUUUUCUUGUAAAAAAAUAAUACCGUAUUGGCCCAAAUAUAAGCCGCACCUUUAAAAUUGGAGGGCGUGGAGGAAAUAAAAUUAAAAAUACCUGAAUAUAAGCUGCUCCAAUCCUUGCUGCUCCUGGCUGCAUACUUGGGGGGGGGGGGGAGCUGCACUGGAUUGCCAACGGCCUUUCCCCUUCCUCACUCUCUCCCUUCCCUGCCUUGGGGGAGAGGACGGGGGGGGGGGGUACCACAUUGCCGCGCUCCUGGCGCUGUUUGCCCCGCGCUCCUGGAUGCAUACCAUAAGUUUGCAAAUAUAAGCCACAAUUUAACUUUUUAUGGUUGGAAUUUGGGGGGAAAGUGAGGCUUAUAUUUAGGCCAAUAUGGUAAUAAAGCUUUUGGCCAAAAUCUACACUUCUGACAUGGGUUGCCAUACAUUUGUAGGGUGUAUUGAUUCCCACAGUGUUGCCGUUAUGGAUUUUCCUGGACAUUUCAGCAAUUUCCACCCAGACACUUUCCAACAGCUGAAUCCUGGUCAUGUCCGGGAAAUUCCGGAUGUAUGGUAACCCUAACUUACACAGUGAAAAGGAACAGGUAGUGAUGGAAAGAAAGGCCCUCUGGCUGGGACCCUGGAGACAGCAGGUAAACCUGGGCUCGGUUGGUUGGUUGUGAGAUUUGGAGAAUGGCUAUCCUGUCUCAUACCUGUAGCUCCUACGAGAAAUAAUCCCUGUUCCUGUGAUUUGUUUCAACUGGUUUUUAAUUCUGAAGUUAGUUGUUGUAACCUGCCCUGGGAUCUCCUGGUGAAGGGCAGGUAAUAAAGUUAACCACCAACACAACACUGUGCUGAAUCAAGAACUUAGGGUGAUUGUACUGGAAGCUGCAAAUACUGGCAUAAGUGUGUGCAAUGACAGACUGUGCAGCGUGUUGCACGUGUGUGUGCUUGUAGGCAUAAGUGCUUGGGGAAAAUGCAUCCAACAUAUAUUUAACUGCUAUUGUUCUGGGGAAAGUGGAUAGGACAGACAUCCUAUGAGUAGGAUGGCAACUGUAAGGAAAUGUCAUAAAAGGAGCCUGUGUGGUAUAAUGGUAGAGCGGGGGGGGGGGGUCUGUUGCUGCUGAAUAAAGCUCCCAUCAGCUCCAGCCCGCAUGGCAAAUGAUUAGAUCAUGGGUAGGCAAACUAAGGCCCAGGGGCCAGAUCUGGCCCAAUUGCCUUCUAAAUCUGGUCCGCGGACGGUCCAGGAAUCAGCGUGUUUUUACGAGUAGAAUGUGUCCUUUUAUUUAAAAUGCAUCUCUGGGUUAUUUGUGGGGCAUAGGAAUUCGUUCUUUCCCCCCCUUCAAAAUAUAGUCCAGCCCCCCACAAGGUCUGAGGGAUAGUGAACCGCCCCCUGCUGAAAAAGUUUGCUGACCCUUGGAUUAGAUAGUUGGAUACAAGAUCUUGAGGGCACGAUGUUGGCUGCCCCUGAGAAUUCAAAUUCCCACUCAGCCGUGAAGCUCACUUGAAUCAGUCUCCAUCUCUCAGCCUAACCUACCUCACAAGGUUGUUGUGAGCUCAAAAUGCAGGGAGCAGUGUAGGACCUUGGGGUCUCAAAUCUCAGCAGCGCCCUGUGCAGCCACCUCCUCUCGCGUUCCAUUCUACAUCAUAGUUGCGGCACCCCUGUGGCAUUCCCAAGGCUCCACACCCAGGGCGACCAAACAGGUCCCAUUCCCCUAAAUCGGCCUCUGCACGUACACUACCUUGAGCUGCAUGGUGCAUGGACAGAAACAAAAUGAUGAAGGCAACGCUCCAAGAUCUUCCCCCUCCCCAAAGGCAGAAUAGGGAUGAUGAUGUGUAAAACAGGGUUGCUCAGCCUACAGUCCUCCAGAUGUUGUUGGACUCCCAACUCCCACCAGCCGAAGCAGACAUAGCCUGUUUUUGAGGUAGGUGGGUUGGGAGAUGCAGGCAAAGAGUAUUUGAAGGGCAACAGGCUCCCCAUGCCUGAUUUACAACCCCUAGCAAGUAGGGGCCACUGCAAUUCCUAUUUGUUUUGCUGCUAGUUACACUAAUUGAAGAUAUUUUAGUCCAGGAAAAGACAACACACACACACCCCAAACACACAGCUACAGAAACUGAGCUGUGUUCACUGUAAACUCAAAAGCUGCUGAAUAAUGCUGCUGUUCAGAAAAAGAGUGAAUUCUUAACAGCUUCUUUUGCUCUUAUUCCUCCACACUUUGCUUAAAGAAAGAAGUUGCAACAGCCCAGAGCACACUGAGCUCAAUGCCUGGAGCAGUUUUAACUGGAGAGAGGGAUUAGAAAUUUUAAAAUAAUGAAUCAAAGAAAUAAAGAAGGGCAGUAAGAGUAGUAUCUCAGUUGUGUUGAAGCCCUUGGUGUUUAAUACAAAAACCUGGUUGCUCCCUCUUAAACACACCAGUUCUGCUGUUGAAACAAGAGACAGAAGUUAUAUUGUGAAAGGAGGGGGAGGCAGGGACACCUGUGUGUUCUUAGGAGGUUUCUGUGGGAAGGGAGAGAGGGAGGGGCACUGGCUGCUCCUUCUUCUCACGUACGCCAUGCAUGGUACUAACACAAGAUGUUUGCUGCAAACAACCUUUAAACGCCCAAAGUAUGAGAGGUUUUCAACACACACACACACACACACACACACAGAGAGAGAGAGAGAGAGAGAGAGAGAGAGAGAGAGAGAACAUACCUCAACCUUCAUUCUGUUCUUGCAUGGAGAUGACUACAGUGGAUUUAUUUAUUUAUCAUCAUCGUUAUCAUCAUUAUCAUCACCACACCUUUCCUCCAAGCAGCUCACAGGGGCAUACAUGGUUCUCCUCCAUCUUCAUUUUAUCCUCACAUUGGAUGAGGCUGGGCUGGGCUGGGUUGGGUGACAGUGACUGGCCCCAAAUCACUCAGCUUCAUAGCUGAGUGGGGAUUUGAACCCAGGACUCCAACAUUCAGUUCAAAGUGUUGGUCAUGGCCUUUAGACAUCACACUGGGUCGACAUCUUCAUUGAGCUAUCCAACCUUCUACCAGUUUUCCCAGGACAGUCAUUAAACUAACUGGGCUAUAAUUUCCAGGAUCCCCCCAGAUCCCUCUUUAAACACUGGUGGUACACUGGCUACAUUUCCAGUCCUCAGUAAUGGAGGCUGACCUAAGUACUCAAUCCUACUCAAAACAGACCCACUGAAAUUAAUGAAUGGACAAGUUAAUCUUGUCCAUUAGCUUCAAUGGGACUGCUCUGUGUAUGGUGAGCAUUGGAUAUCGCUAGGGGUGUGUGUGUGUGUGUGUGUGUGUGUGUGAGAGAGAGAGAGAGAGAGAGAGAGAGAGAGAGAGAGAGUUCACUGUCAAGGAAUAAGGCUGCCAUUCUAUGCACACAUACAUGUGAGCAAGCAGCACUAUAUGCUUUGGGAUUUAUUUCUGAGGAAAUAGUUAUUUAUUCAUUCAUUUAUUCAUGCAUUCUUUCAUUCAUUUAAGGUCCCCACUCUUUAGCAAAAAAAAAAAAAAAGGUUCCCAGAACAGCUUUCAAAUUAAACAUAGUCCCUGCUCUCAGGUUUACAAUCUUAGAAAGACAUCAUUCAAUGGGAAAAACAGAUUGAGAGAGAGAAAUAAUUAACCAAAUUCUGGUUGAAUUUCUUAGUUACUAGUUAAUUACAUAUAUAUAUAUAUAUAGUUGUUACUUUAUGUUAUACUUUUAUACACAUGUUUAGCUAUAGUACUUUAUUUUGUAUGUGUUCUAAGUUAUAUCUAUUUUAUUUUCCUUCUAGGGUCCAAGUGGUCUUAUAUGGGUAAGUAGUGACUUUAGGUCAAUACAUUAAACUGUAAUUCUUUAUCCUAUUUGUUUAAUGUCAGGUUAGAUCUAGGGAGGUCUCAUUUAGUUAAUAACAGGAUCUGUUUUGUUGAUCUAAUGUCUACAUAUAUUCCAUUCAUCCACACAACAGGGCACAUCAGGCGAUAACAGCAUGUGAUGCCAUGAUGUGGUACAGAUAUCAUAGGAACAUGUUGUGUCCCAUGAAAUCAAUUCUUGUUCAGAGAGGUGGGCCGAGCACUUGGCUAACUACCAGGUCAACUGGUUGACCAAAAAAGUAAGUGAAGGUAGAACUUACCAGGCCACUGCUAGGGGACAGGCCACACAAGUAUAUGAAAAUGAGCUGGGGUAGAAGGCAGCGGCUGGCUGGCGGCAAAGGUGUAUUGUGUUGCGACAACGUUGUGCUGUAUAAAUGGAACAUCUUUGUAUUUAGUUCCUUCAUGUUGAGUCUCAAGGACCAGGGCUUUUUUUCACCCAGAACUUGCAGGAACUCAUUUCUGGCACCAUUGCCAUUGGAAAACAACAAGGGAUGUUUCAUGGUGAGUUCCGGUACCUCUUUUACUAGAAGAACAGCACUUUCAAGGACUAUGUGUUAAAGCCCAGGAAUGGAAAUCCUAAUAUGUUGUGUCAAGUGAAGAGCUGGAAAAGGUUCUUUACUGACUUUGGAUGGCUGGUGUUUACUAGCUACUGGACAUCCCUUACCUGCUUUGCUGGGUAGAAACACUCUAAGACAGAGGUCGGCAAGGUUUACUGGCCAUGGGCCGGAUCACUCCCACAGAGAUUGUCCAUGGGCCGGACUGGCGCAGCGCAAUGCCGGAAAUCACGUCUGCGCAUGUCCACGGCGCCAGAAAUCGCUUCUGCGCAUGCCCAGACGUCAAAAUUCAUGCCUGCGCAGAAGCAAUUUUCGGCAUCUGGACAUGCGCAGAUGUGAUUUCCAGUAUCUGCGCAUGCACAGAUGCGAUUUCCGGCACCACUCAGUGAGUCCCUGGUUUAGUGCAGCACACGGGGGACUCACCGAGUGGGCGGCUCAGUUCAGGAGUGGCUCAUGGGUCAGUAAAAUGGUCUUUGUAGGCCGCAUCCAGCCCAGGGGCCGCAUGUGGCUGACCCCUGCUCUAAGAGGUGGAAUGUGGCUGCAAAGGAAACAGUAAAGUCUGAAUUAUGCAACUGGCUAAGGGACUUCAAGGAUAUGCCAUUUGCAUGUGGGGUGAACUGAUGCAGGUUUAUACACAGGCAUGAUAUCUACGGUCACUUCCAGAUUGUCAGUAUUUUGUGGGAGGGGUAGAAGGGCUUUCUGGAAAUUUAGGUUUAUCUUAUCUUAUCUUAUCUUAUCUUAUCUUAUCUUAUCUUAUCUUAUCUUGUUUGUUUGUUUGUUUGUUUGUUUGUUUGUUAACCCUCAGUGUAAGCUUUGUGCAAGGCAAAUUAGGAUGCAGGAGAAGCCCUAUCUGAGUGCAUGGCUGUUCCUCUGUGUUUUUAUAUUUGUAAAUAUGCAGAUAUUAAAAGCACACACAAACACAUAUGCCCAUAUCAUACUCUCUCUCCACAGGGAAAUUGACCUUGUAAGACACACUUAGGGAAGUGGAUUGCUUCAAGGUAGCCUCCAAAGCGAAAUAGCUACAUGGCACAAUUUCCCCUUAGGGGAAAUCUGUCUUGGAAUUAUUGUUUUUUUCAAGAGACCUUUGUGUCACAUGGGAAAUGAUGCAGAGUGUUUGCUGUCUCCGCUGCCCAGCCCCACACAGUUCAUCUUUGUGUGGUUCAUCUUUGACUUGCUGAAGCUGCUUGUUUCUCUCCUAUAAGAGUUCCCCAGUCCUACUUUAGCAAGCAUCAGCUCUCAAUUCCUUUCCUUAUUGCUGCAGGACAUUUCCAUUUAUCUGAGUCAGAUAAGGAGCUCCCCCCCCCCCAGGUCCUGCCCUCCAUGUAGGAAGCUUGCAGGAGACCUUUGCACAUUUAAACCCAUUCCACUGUUUCUAAAGACGUAGAGAAUGUGCGUGCGUGCGCACACAGGCACCUCAGGUAUAUAACAUUGCUGUUGAAAGGUGUUUCGUCUGCAAGAUGUGAUUCUAACAGGUCAGGGCAUGGUUGUGGUGGUCCUUGGAGCAGAGAGGGCAGCGAGAGACAAUUCUGUUCUGCUGGCAAGGCAAGGAGAGGAGAGGGAGUUGUUGCCAUUAAGUGUUUAUCUUUCAAGGAGCUUUUAUUCUCACGACUCCACUUUUAUCUCACAACUCCACUAGGUGGGCUAGGCUUAGAGAGAGAGAGGCACGUCAGAAAGUGAGUUUUAUGGCUGAACAGUGAUUUGAACCUAGGUUCUCCCUGCUCCUAAUCCAAAUAAGGACUCAUCCAUCUGGCCCACUACUUCCCCCCUGGAAAACCCACUCUUUACCACUGAAUUGGAACAAAUGGCAAUUAGGUUUUCUGCGGAUUGCUGGUUGUUCCGAUUCAGCAGCAAAGUGGGUUUUUCAAGGGAAAGCUGCAGGGCAAAACCACUCAGACCUGUUCUUAGAAAGUGGGGGAGAAGUGGGAAACCGCUCAAACCCUUUCAAGGCAUGGAACGAGCGUAACACUGGGCAGGCCAUAAGGCUUGUCUCAAGAAGCAAUUGUCUGUAUAGUUCCCAGGGCAACAUAUACCUGCCUAUUUACAUGUCCAAGGUUCUUUAAAAAACAAACAAACAAAUUUUCAGGUACACAUUUCCCACAAUUAAAUAUAAAACAAUACAUCCAACGACUUCCCUUCUCCUCCUCCGAUGGUUCAUUGUACUUUCAAAAUUAGCUGCAUAUUCUAUUUCUUCCAUCUAGUUUCCCCCUCCCCAUCAUAUCUUAAUCUAAAUUAUACUGUUGAAUUUACAAUAAUCCUGCUAGCCUUUUCACUUGCUCACAAUAGUUUUCCAAAUGGGUCCCUAAAUGGAUGUUUGAGUUCAAGGUAUUUCUCAAAUGUCUGAAGAGGCUGAAGGCUACUGGGCGAGACAGGCCAAUGGUCUGACCCUGUGCCAUGCAUCUGCCUGUGUUUCGAAUCUGGAUUCCUUUAUUGUCUCCCUGAGGUUCUUCUGAUGGGGAGCGAGUGUGGCCCAAGAUGUUCCCCUUUUGUGGAGGAGUAUUCCAGUCGCCAAUUGAUUUUCACAAUGACGUUCUCCAGUAUGAUUCAACUCUUCUGCCCAUAGAACUGGAAGGCUACAAUGUCUCCCCCACUGAGGAGUUUAUUUUGACCAAUAAUGGACAUUCAGGUAAGGGAGAAAAUGGACAGAGAAAAUUGAACUAUUACUAUCAUUACAUAAUGACAAAGAAUGCUAUUUAGCAUUUGUACAGGACUUUAGAGUGUUCUGAUUAUUCUCAAUAUAUAUUUUCUCAAUAAUUUCUAAUAAUUUCUUAUCUUUCUUUUUUAAAAAAAGAUAAUAUAGGCCAGCCUUAUUCCCAUUUUGUAGACAUUCAGGGAUCAGCAUAGAUAGGAUUUGGUUGGGUUUACAGUUUUCACCACACUGCCUGUUUAUUUUGGCACAUAACUUUGGAUCUAGUUUUCCCUCCUGUGUGGAGGUGUUGUCACACAUAUUGGUUCUGUGCCCAUAUGUGUGUCUACACAGGUGGCCACUCAAAGAACCUCAGUUACAAGUUAAAUGACUUGCUAUUGGUGACGCUUAUGACGGUCUUAAUACAGUGCUACUAACAGACGAAAUAGCUCUAAAACCACAAGGUGUACAACUCUAACCAAAGCACAGUGAAUAAUAACCUCCUAGCAUGUUAAAUUGGGCUUGGCAAGCAAGGUACAAUGUUCUUCAUCCAAGUUUAGAGGGAUGAGCUGCAUUUAGUAUUUUGUUUGAUAUUCUGGAUAUUGGCAGCAGCCAGAAUAUGGAAAAAUACAACUAGCAGAGGCACAGGAUGCUUCGAAAUGUUGCUAGUUUGUCAUCCCUUUAGUUUCCUCAUCCCAACAAAAAUGCACAUGAUAUUCAGAAUUUCCUUCCUUAGUAAUCUCCAUCCAUAUGCACAUAGUAAAUUUUAUCUGAACUUCCUUAAUGUCUUUACAGUAUUGUGAAUUAUUCCCUUUUGCAGCAGGUUUGAUGACAAAAUAAUUCUCUUCCUUCAAUGGCUGCAAAGUUUCUUGUUGCCUCUGCACCAGUGUGAAAUAUAACCCUUUUAAAAUGCACUAACAUCCCAACAGGGACGCGGGUGGCGCUGUGGGUAAAACCUCAGCGCCUAGGGCUUGCCGAUCGUAUGGUUGGCGGUUCGAACCCCCGCAGCGGGGUGCGCUCCCAUCGUUCGGUCCCAGCGCCUGCCAACCUAGCAGUUCGAAAGCACCCCCGGGUGCAAGUAGAUAAAUAGGGACCGCUUUCUAGCGGGAAGGUAAAAGGCGUUCCGUGUGCUGCCCUGGCUCACCAGAUGCAGCUUGUCACGCUGGCCACGUGACCCGGAAGUGUCUGCGGACAGCGCUGGCUCCCGGCCUAUAGAGUGAGAUGAGCGCACAACCCUAGAGUCUGGCAAGACUGGCCCGUACGGGCAGGGGUACCUUUACCUUUACCUUUAACAUCCCAACAUUAAUCCUUUGAGGACUGUGAUAUUAGCCAGUGUUAGUACUAGGAGCCCUAAAUGUAGCUCUCAGUUUAAGAUAUUGCCCCAAAAGGUGAGAGCAAUUUGAGCUGCAUCCUAACUUGGGAAGCUACAUCUAAGAUCAGAACUGGCAGAAUUCAUUUGCCUCUGUACAUAUAAAUUAGCAUAUGCAAUUUUAUGUAAAUAUGUGUCAUGGACCUGCACUGAGUUUUGCCCCUGCAUUUAAUACUGUCAUGUCAUGUUGCCUCCCUCUCCCAUCUUCUCCUCCCCUAGUAAGAAUGAGUCUUUCUCAAAGCAUGCGCAUCCGGAGCCUCCCUUCCCACUAUUCUGCCGCUCAGCUCCAUUUACACUGGGGAAACCGGAACAAGCAGGAAGGAUCUGAACACACAAUUGGUGGGAGGCAUUUUGCUGCUGAAGUAAGAUUUUUAUUGCACCUUUCAGAUAUCUAUUUAUUAAAACAUUUUAUGCCAUGUUUUGGCCCUACAAAGGGCACCCAAGACAAUUUACAAUUAAGAUCCAACAACAAUUAAAAUUGAAAGGCAAGAUUAAAAUACACUAAAUUUCCUGCCUUAUUUUUCCUUUUCCUUAUGAGGCUGGCAGAAGCAGACUGCUAGUUGCUCCCCUCUGCUGCACAGCACAGCUGGCUUUGUUCAUCACAAGUUUUGUACGCCACUUUUAGGACCUUUUCUCAGGUGGAAAAGCAGCUAAUAUUUUUAAUAUACAUAUUUUAAUCAAACUUACUAAGUACAGAAAAAUAUAUUUUGAGUUUCACAACUUUAAUAAUAAAAAAAAGUUUAUUAGCUCUUGCAUUCUAUUUCAUUCCCUGAUCUAGUUUUCCUCAGGACAAACAACUCUCUGCAAGCCCCACCUUCUCAAAGCAGCACAUUUACAAAUCUUGUAGCACCAAAUCAUAACACAGACAAGUUCCAAAUGAUACCAGAAAAAUCUUUUUUUCCUUAAAGAUUCAAUACAUGGUGAACUAUCAUAUCUGUUUAGCAGGGAGAAAUCUAUGCCAAGUGUAACUAUUAUUUUUUUUUACUACAGCUCCCAUCAGUCCCGCCAGCAUGACCAAAGAUCAGGAAUGAUGGGAGUUGUAAUCACCAAUAUCUGGCAAGCACCACAUUGGCCACCCUGGGAUGAGGGUGCUCUUAAGGACUGCUGAUUGAUCCAGAUAUGCUAAUAAGUUUCGCAGUCCUAGUUUAGAUAUUUAUUCUACAGAACUGCCUGGGAGGACCAAUCUGAACACAGCACCACAAUCCAUUCCAUGCAAGGGUCAAACUAGGCUUUAUUUCAUCUGGGUCAAAGACUCAGUUUGGCAUGCACACCCAUUCAUUUGUGCACACGCAUGCAUACACACACACACACACACACGGGGGGGGGGGCUGGGAACCUCAAUGGCGCCCCUCUGGAGGCUUCACCUGGGACAAAAAUCUAGCUACCCCCCCCCAUAGCUAUGACACUGUUCUGUGGACGCCACAAAGAAUUGCCAUUGUGUUCAGUUCCUUCAGUUCACAACCACAAAGCUGUUUCAUGUCUUGCACUAAUUAUAAGUCUAGCAGAACACAUGGAUGCCUGCCAUGAAGUAUAAUUCAAGGUCAAUUACAAGGGACUGAGAGCGCAAGGCUGCAGCAAUACAUCUUGGUUCCUGAGGCAGAAAACCCUAAUGGUGUGAUGUUGGCACUCUUCCCCAUCCCGUAUUCCUUGCUGUUAACAGGGGGCAUCCAAGCUGCCCAGAAGUGUCCCACAUAAGCCACCUCAUUAAAAUACCAUAUUCUUGGUGAACUGUACCCAUCAGACAGAUUUCCCCCGUAUUCCAUUCUGCCACUUCUGUAGUUAAUGCUGUAAUUCUGAUGGUCUGUUACAGAGAUAGGGGACCUUUUCUGACUGGUGGGCCAGAUCUUACUCUCUCCUCCGCCAGCGGGCCAGAUUUGACAAGCGGGCAAGGCUGUCCACAUGUCAAUCAACAGACAUCACAGUGAUGUCACGAGAUGCUGUGCUAAAGUCCUUUGCAAGCAGCUCCACACUGCUCCGUAAACCUCUGAAAAUCAGUUUUUGGAGGUUCAAAGAGCGACUCUGGGAGGGGAAAGUGGUUUGCAUUGAAUAGAAAUCACUUUCACCUCCUUGAGUAAGGCACAUUCCUACCACACAUCAGCUGAAGGGGAGGGGAGCACAUCUGGUCUCUGCAAAGGAAUAAUCUGUUGCUGUCGUUCUUUUGAAGCCUCAUGUCUACCUGCCCCACUACCAGCCAAAUGGGGAAGCCUGGUGGGCCAAGUCAAGCCCCCAGGUCCCAAAUUCUGCACCUCUGUUCUAUUAUAACUAGGCCAGGCUUGGGGUGUGUAAAAUCCAGCAUGCUGGUCCAUUCAGGCAUAUAUAUAUAUAUAGUCAGUUUUCCUAAUCAGGCAACUUAUAUUGCAGUAAGGCAUCCAGUAAAUCAGGUUAUCUUUUGCAAGCUUUGUAAAUUUGUUAAGCCCAGGGGCAGAGCUACCUGCCCCGGCAUCCGGAGCGGCGCGGGGGCGGGGCUAGCUUCCCAUGCGGUGAGUGUCCCUAGCCGCUUGCCACCCGCAUGGCGAGCAUCCCUAGCUGCCUGCUGCCUGCGUGGUGAGCAUGGAGGGGGCGCUGCUAGCUGCCCAUGGCAGCAUCAUCCCUAACGGCCCGUCGCCCACGCAGCGAGCAUGGGGGGGCGCAGUGAUGUCACCCGAUGCGCACCGCACCCCCCCCACCUGCCUUCCUCCACCAGUGGUUAAGCCUUCGGCUGGUGUUUGCCAUUUUAUUCCCCCUCUGUAGCUCCACAUCGUACAUUACAACUCUGACAAAUAUCUGGACGUGAACUCAGCAAUGGACAAAUCAGAUGGACUGGCAGUCUUGGCAAUCCUGAUUGAGGUAAGCAGCUCUUUCCCUCAAAGGUGUCCAAAACUAAAGUGUACCCAGAGGUUUAAUAUAAUUCAGGUCUUAUCUGGCUCUUGGCAGUUGAUGAUUCUAUCCAGGUUCCAAGCUUGUCCCAGAGCUGGAGAAGCUUUGGCCCUCCAGUUGUUGUUGGACUCCAACUCCCAUCAGCCCCUGCCACACUUGCCAAUGCUCAGUGAUAGCAGAAGUUGUAGCCCAUCAACAUCUGGAGGGCCACAUGUUCCCUGCUCCAGACUCAGGGAAAAGGAGGAGACAAGGCUCUUUUGAUUGCCUGCCCUUGUGGAUGAAGGAUUGCUGCCCUGUUAAAAGCUGUUUCAUACAUCUUACAAUGCAAACAACAUUAUUUCCCUCGCCAAAGUAUGCUUUGGUCACCAAAUAUGUUUGGAGUUGCUUUUCCAGUGCUAUUUUGCUAAUGGUUUAGUGAACUAUAAUCAUGGCUAUUAAGUAUUUUAGAAUGUGGUUGAAGAAAUCACUCACCACCAGAUGCCAUUAUUCUAAUGAGAGCAGCUCUGGGGUUAUUGAAACACAAAUGUAUUUGUGCCCUGAAAAGAAAUGACCUCAGCCCACUAAAUCUGUGGCUGGGCUUAUAUCGCCAACAAAUGAUGGCGUAAACUGAAACAACAAGGUCAGACCAAAACAUUUGGGUACCCAAAACAUCCACAUGGUCUUCUUCCCUACUGAGUAAACAUGGGGAAACAAUCCAUCCAAAGCUCUCCUGUGCAAGUUCCAUUGAAGUGGAUGGGAGCUGUGCUACUGUGUUCUUGCGCAGGAGACCUUUCUGGUGGAUUUUGCCCCUUGUUGGGCUCUCCUCUUCCAUUACCAUUAAUGGUGCCUAAUAAAGAUCUGCAAGUACUUGCUGAACCUAAAACUAUGCAGAAUUAUAAUGGCUUAGAAAAUAAAUCUUCUCCCUUUUGGUUACAGACAGGCGCAUUCAAUCCAUCGUUCGAAAAGAUCUUCAGUCAUUUUCAGAAUGUGAAAUACAAAGGUAGGAAAGAGAAUUUCAACUGGAAUUUUGCAUGCCUAAGCAGUCAAAUCAGAAGACUUUGUCAAUUUAGGAUGUGCUUGCAGUGCAGGUUACCGUAUUUUUCGCCCUAUAGGACGCACUUUUUCCCCUCCAAAAAUGAAGGGGAAAUGUGUGUGCGUCCUAUGGGGCGAAUGCAGGCUUUCGCUGAAGCCUGGAGAGCGAGAGGGGUCGGUGCGCACCGACCCCUCUUGCUCUCCAGGCUUCAGGAAGCUAUCCGCAAGCCUUGGGAGCCCGCGGGAGUUCUCGCCGGGAUCCCAAGGCUUGCGGACAGCAGCCUGCAGCCCGAAACCCGGGGAGCACAGUGGAGUGCGCCCCGGGCUUCGGGCAGCUCUCCGCAACCCUGGUGAGACCGGCGCGACUACCCGCUGGGCUCCCUAGGCUUGCGGAUAGCAGCCUGCAGCCCGAAGCCUGGGGCGAGCUGAGCAGCGCGCCCGCGCUUCGGGCAGAUAUCCGCAAGCCUGGGGAGACCGGCGGGAACUCCCACCGGUCUCCCCAGGCUUGCAGAUAGCAGCCUGUUUUGGGGGCUGGGGUCAGGGGAAGCUUGAGCUUCCCCCGCCCCAGCCCCGCGCCUGGGGGGGAAAUAAUUUUUUUUACUUUAUUUCCCCCCCAAAAAACUAGGUGCGCCCUAUGGGGCGAAAAAUACGGUAAUUCAUUAGAAAUCAGUGUGAGGUUGGUUUGCUGUAUGUGGUACUGAAUUGUUUAUAAGCAAGUGAUAACCCAAAGCAGCAUAAACAAAAAAUUAAAAAAGCAGCCUAACAAAAUACAUUCUGCUCGUUUCAUCCAUCGAUACCAUUGUCGUGCACCCACCCUGUUGUCUGCCUCACUGUCAUCUCCCCACCCCUGACCUAGACAAGUUAGCUAACCUGCGGUUGAGCAUGUGUCAUGAUGGCAAUACUGGAUUACUUUUGUUGCUCAGCAAAGUGUGUGUUUUGCAGCAGCCAGCCACACUGAUUGGCUGUCAGAGCUGUGACCUUUAGAGCAGAACACUUUGCUUCUCUAGCUAGAUGCACAGCAUCAGGGGGACUGACUGGUGAAAGUGCUCAUUCUGUUGCAUGCACAAAUUAAACCUCCUUAUCUGGAAUAAUGGAAAAGAGGGCAAAAUAAAGAAUUAAGGGAAUGCUGCAUCCAAAAAUAUGCUGAGAGUUGGGCUGGCAAGAAUAUAGUUAUUAAAAAAAGGGUGAUCUUUUUCAGAUCAGGAAGCCUUCAUCCCAGGUUUCAAUGUCCAAGAUUUGCUCCCAGACAGACUGGAUGAAUAUUACCGCUAUGAAGGAUCCCUGACCACACCUCCUUGCUACCCAAGUGUUCUUUGGACGGUUUUUCGAAAGCCAGUACAAAUUUCAGAGGAACAGGCAAGGGUCUAUAAAACAUAUGUUCUCAGUUAAAGUUGGUAAUCUUGCCAGUAAUUGUGCAUGAAGUGUAUACCUGCCUUCUGAGAGAGCCAGUGUGGUGUAGUGGUUAAGAGUGGUGGACUCGUAAUCUGGUGAACCGGGUUCGAUUCCCUGCUCCUCCACAUGCAGCUGCUGGGUGACCUUGGGCUGGUCACACUUCUCUGAAGUCUCUCAGCCCCACUCACCUCACAGAGUGUUUGUUGUGGGGGAGGAAGGGAAAGGAGAUUGUUAGCCGCUUUGAGACUCCUUCAGGUAGUGAUAAAGCGGGAUAUCAAAUCCAAACUACUCCUCCCCCUCCUCCUCCUCCUCCUCCUCCUCUUCUUCUUCUUCUUCUUCUUCGUUUCCCACCUACUUACACCUUUAUGGAUGCUGUGCACAGGCUAGACUCCUAUCUACCGUCUUCGCUUUACUGUGUUGGAUUCAAACUGAAGAUUAAGACUGAACUUCCGCCCUAGUGUUUGAGACAUGGAAAACACAGACAGGACUAAUUCGUUUGACCCAGUGUGAAAAAUGAAAAGAAAUUGUUCUGUCAUCAGUGUGUCCAGGGCUGUGCAAGCAAUCAGUGGACAAUAUGAGAGUUGCAACCCAAGAGAUCUUGGGGCACAUUUAAGAAACUUGGGCAAGACCAGAAUGUGUGCUGAAUGUAGUGAAAUGGUUGUCCACACAUUCCAUCACAGGCCUAGUAUCCUCUGCAAAACCAAACCAAACCAAACCACCUGAAGGAUAAACAGUAAUGUACUAAAUUGCAAUCCAGGCAAUGCACUCAGCAGUGGCGCAGCAUGGGGGAGGCCGUGGCCCCAGGCACAUUUUUAGGGGGUACAACAAGGUGCCCCUCGGCUAGCUGAGAGGGAGGGGAAGGGCACAGCUCCAAGCAGGCCUGACUUGGGGUGGAAGCAGCAGAGAGGAGAGGCAGCGGCAGCUUUGCCGCCCCUCUCCCUCACUGAGUUGGUAAGUGCAGCCCCCACCUGGCUGACUGGAAGGGUGCACACCUCCCCUGCUGCCUCCUCCUCAUGGUGCCCUCCAAGCCCUGCCCCCGCCCCCCCCCCCCGGGCACUGGGAAGGCAUGCUCUUCUGCUGGCACUCAACCACAUUAGAACACCCACAGUUGAUCUGGGUUGACAUUUUUUUUAAAAGCUGUCAAGACUGAAUACAAGCCCCAUAUGUGGCUGUUUGAAACAGCCCUAAUCAAACAUACUAAGAGAGCAAAUUCUUCUUAAUUGUGGGGGUAUCCAGGUCUCUUAAAGGAGGGACAUGUGCCUCUGGCUUAGUCAAGUCUGCUGUGGCAGCUGCUUUACAGAACAUAAGAAGAGCCUGCUGGAUCAGGCCAAUGGGCCGUCUAGUUCAGCAUCCUGUUCUCAUUGUGGCCACCCAGAUGCCUGUGGAAAACCCUCGAGCAGGAUCUGAGCACAAGAGCACUCUCCCUUCCUGAGGUUUCCAGCUUUCCACAGUGCCUACUUUCCAUCUGGAAAUCAUACCACCAUUUCCACAUUUUCCAUAUGUUACACAGUUUGCACGUUAAGAGAACAGGUGAGGUCCCUGUAGACUGGAGGUGGGCAAAUGUUGUCCCCAUCUUCAAAAGGGGGGAAAGUAGACCCAGGAAACUACUGACUGGUGAACUUGGCAUCAAUACUAGAGAAGGUCCUAAAACAGAUAAUUCAACAGUUUGUCUGUGAGCACUUAGAAAAGGAUGCUGUGAUUACUAAGACCCAGGAUAGGUUUCUCAAAAAUAAGUCAUGUCAGGCAAACCAUUUCUUUUCUGAUGGAAUUACAAACUUGAUGAAUCUAGGGAAUGCUGUGGACAUAGUGUAUCUUAAUUUCAGUAAGGCUUUUGACAAAGUCCCCCGUGAUAUUCUUGCAAGGAAGCUAGUAAAAUGUGGAUUGAAUGAGUUAACUGUUGGUGGAUUUGUAGCUGGUUGGUGGACUGAAUCCAAAGAGUACUCAUUAAUGGUUCCUCAUCAUCCUGGGAAAAAGUGACAAGUUGGGUACUGCAGGGUUCUGCCCUGAGCCCAUUGUUGUUCAACAUCUUUAUAAGCAACUUGGAUGAGGGACUUGAGGGAUGCUCAUCCAAUUUGCAGAUGACACUAAACUAGGAGGGGUACAGAAUACAGAAUCAGAAUUCCAAGUGACCUUAACAGAUUGGAGAAUUCAGUCGCUUGAAUUUUGACUAGUACUGUAGAGUCAAUACAUCCCAGCUACAGAAACAUUAAAACUAGAUACUGGGAGAAAUGUCUCAAUUGUAAUAAGGACUGGUGAUGGAAGGAAAGCAUGCGUUUCCUGCCACUCUGAUGUCCUUAAAACUGUUGUGCUUUGCUCAUAGCUGCUGGCCCUGGAAAGCACUCUGUACUGCACACAGCCUAGUGACCCUGCUCCUCUUGAAAUGGUGAACAACUAUAGGAGAGUCCAGGAGUUUGAUGAAAGGCUGGUUUCUGUGUCCUUCCGGCAAGGUAAGCAACAGAAGAUUCAAAUUUCAAAUUUAUGCAGAGUUUAGAGUUUUAUAAAUUGCACCAGAGACACUUCCAAGCCAAGAACAGUUUGUUGGGUGUGUAGCAUUCCCCCUUAACAUGAUAUGAAAUGGGGUGUCAUUAAAUACAGUUUUGUUUGUUUAUCUUGCCUUCUGUUGGGGCAGCCCGACUGUAUUUCCUAAAAGGCUAAAGUUGCAACAAGCGCCAGCAAGUGGAUGUGGUGAACCAAAGGUGAGGUGGUCCAGGAGCUUUGCUGGCACCAGCUGAAUCCUCAAGAUAACCUUGGGUGUGGUGGAGAUCAUGGCCACCUGUGGGCUGCUCUGCUGUAUAAAAGGCAUUUGUGCCACUGCCUGGGUGCGGACAAGCCAUCUCCUUGUUGUGGAGUUUGUCCCACAGAGUGCUGGAAGCAGGGGUUGUGAGUUUGCUUUUCCUUUAAGUAAACCUGGCGGUGUGGACAGCUUUCUUUGGGAACCUGAGUAUCUGGGCCCCUGUGAGCCCUUCUCUGGCUCUGCAGGAUAUAACAGCAGACAAGGGUAUUUUGCUGUCUGGUGAUCUGCAUCUAAAAGGAACCACAACUUUGCAUUGCAGGAAGACACUUUCUGGGGAGUUUCAAAGGAUCCGAUGAAGCCAUUCAGGAGAAUGAGUUUGACACGUAAUAAACGACUCAUAACGCUGGAUUGAUUUAAAAAACCCACUGUCAUGAGUGGAAAAAUUAGCCAUCUGACUGAAGUGAAAUGUGAGGCAAAAAUAAUUGGCUGAAGAUUAUUAUAUGGUUCUAAAUUAUUGGCAAAUCAAUGCAACAAUGACCUCUGUCAAAAAGAAAAAAAGGGGGAGAAGCCUUGUAUUUUACUGUGGAUCAGUAAUGUUUUUUAUUACUGUCACAGGGCUUCUUUUCUGCAAACUGAACUGCAAACUUUGUUGCUUUACAGCAAAGAAAGUAUACAUAAUGCAGUCUUAUGCAUGUUUACUUUCAAAUAAGCCACUGUUUUGAAAGGAGCUUAUUCUGUUAAUUCUGCAUAGAAUUUCAGCUGUAGUUUCCUGCAACUCAGGAGGGAUUCUCCACUAGAUUUCUGAAGAGGUCUGAAAUUGUAGUACUCUAAAAUCAUAUGGGGAAACCCCAAACUUUAUUUAUAAUUUAUUAUUUAUAUAGCACUGACAGGGUAAACAGCAGUUAAAUGCUCCAAUACAGCUUUUACAUGGAGCAUGAACCAAGCAGCUGGCAGAAGACUUCAUGUUCAAGGUGCACCAGAGAGCACUUUCAGAGACACACGCUUGCCUUGGGCCACCCCUCUGUCUUUAAGCCUGUGCUGUGCUGGGCAGGCUGGACCUCUUUGUCUGCCCAUUUGCUAUUCAACUAGGGCAUGUAACAUAUAAACUAAGCUGUAGUUUAUACAGCUGACCCUCCCAAAAGACAGGAAAGAAGGAAGAGAGAGAUACAGGGAGAUUUCCUUUCGCAACCCAGGAUAUUUCAUGGGCCUUCAAACUUGUAUAUCAUGAAAGCUACAUUUCAUUUAUCCUUUGCACUUAACUAGACCAACCAAGCACUACGGUAUCCAUAAAAGGUUGUGGGUGUUUUUUAAGUGCUUUGCUCAAAAUUGUUAAUUUCUUUGAAAGUUCAUAUCUGGGAUGCAGAAUAAAUCAAGUGCAUAAUGUGGCAACUUUGGUGGGGACAUAGUCAAAAUCUAGGGUAUAAAAAUUGUGGCAAGAUGCCAAGGGCCCAGUAGUGCCAGUCUCCCAACUCAAAAGAAGCAAGUCCAAAUCAAGUUCUCUGCUUCUAUCAUAAAUGUUUACCAACAGCUGUUUCCUCUGGGUGGACAUCUGUAAUAGCCUCCCCUUCAUGGUGAGGACGAUGGCCCUUGUGUGUACUCGUCAAUGUCGGACAUAUUUGCAUCAGAAAAGGAGUGUGCUGUUCUUAGAUUCCUGGCUGAUGCACAGCCCAUUCCCAAGCCCACAAAACACUCAAAGAUGUGCUCUGAUCUGUGUACACAGACCUAAGAAUCCACUAAACCGGGAAAGCUGAGCUUGCCUCUGUUCCGUGGAACUCAAUUGUGGAAGCCCAGUAAAGCAUGUACACCUGUACAUAUACAUGUGAAUGGGGCACACAUGCGUAUUAUACAGGUACAGAGCAUCAAAAUUGGUUGGAGUUUCCCAUCAUAUGUACACACAUUUACAGUCCUAAGUUUGUUGUGACAUAAUGUGUGAAAAGGUCCCAAAUGAUCUGACAUGCUCAGUGUUCUGCCUUAGAAAUUAACACCAAUUUAAAUUUGUUUGAAAAGCAAAGGCAAAAGAUGGCUAAUUUUUCUGUAAACAAGGUUCUUUAUUCUCUCCCUAAAGAGAGAAGCAGUGAGUGGUUCUUGAUAAUGAGCGUUGAGGUAGCAAAUAGAUUGUAUAAUUUUAUUAUAUAUUGUAUUUUUCAAUUGGUCACAUAACGGAUUUGUAAUAAAGACUGCUCUAAGCUCUGCCUUGUACAGAAUCCUUCAUUCAAAGGAGCAAAAAGAAAACUGAACUUAGAAAAUUAGUGUUCUUAGCAUCUUAGUAGGCCAUGCUACUAGAAAAAUCUAAAUUCCAGGUACUAUGUGUCAAAAAGGAUGUUGACAGGCUCACACCCUCCACCAUUUCUCAGUUGAAUAGGACCAUGCUAUUAUACAUGGACACUGUUGAUGAAAUACAGGGGAAGGGGCGGGGUUAGCAGAGCUGCCCCAGUGGGACUUACCUAUGUCCUGCGUGAGGAAGUACUUUUGUCCAGAAUCUUCCAACAUUCAGCUCCAUUGGAUGUCUCUGUGUUGCAGUAUUAGAGAAGCAUAAUUUUAUACACUUCUAUCAUGUCCCCCUUUCCUCACAUUUUCUCUAAUUUCUGAACAAUUUUUUUUAGCCUCAAAUGUUGUAACCUUUCCUCACAGUGGAGUUGCUCCAACCCUUUGAUCAUCCUGGCUGCCCUUUUCUGAACCCUUUUCCAGCGGUACAACAUAGAAGUAGAAAUACUUUAUUGUCACUGUACCACUUGUUUACCACUGUACCACCCUUUUUUUCAGGUGAGGUGACCUGAACUAUACACAGCAUUCCAAGUGAGGUUGCAUCAUAGAUUUGUAAAACAACGUUAUGAUAUUGGUCAGGCUGAAAGAAUGCCUUUCCAGAGGCCACUCAGUGAACUUCCUGGCUGUGGGAUGUGAACCCAGGUAUCAUGGUCCCAGUCUGGCACUGUAAUCUAUGCUAUAUCCUUAAAUCUUUACAAUUGGCCUUCCUCACUGCAUUCUAUACCCCAUUCUCAAUUUUUAAAGCAUAUUCAAGAAGCAUUAUAGAAAAGACAAGUGUCAGCAAUUCCACCAACACUGCAUGGUCUAUAUCUCUAAGACAUCUAUUCUGAAUUAAUAACAAUAUGGUUAUUAAUGAUCAUAGAAGUCGUUAUCCCUAUUUAUUAAAUUAAGAACAGUGGAAGGAAAAGGAACAGAAAACAAAGGAUGAGGCAAGGGUGAAAUGCUUGGCAGUCGAGGGCUGGAAUUUCAGAAUUACUUAAAAAACACAGAUAUGGGAUUGUCACUUUCAAAUUGACUAUUUGUUGUAUUUUUUCUAGAUAGAAUCCCAGGAGCAUGGUUCUAGAUUCAUCUGAGAUCCCACUAUAGUAUAUUAUAUUUGCAUAAUAUAUAUUGAAUUCAAAGAGGAAAGCAAAAAGGCAUCCAUACCAUUUUUUUUUUUACUUGUUAGAUUAAGAAGUUGUAUCUCUCUCUCCCCACAAGAGAAAUUACUUUUAAAAAGCAGAGUAUUGUGGUACACGGCCAAGAAAAGCAUUUUCUAAAAUAGAUGUGCAUGUCUUGAAGGUGCUACACAUUUUGGGGGGGGGGGGUUGGUUUUGCCACAACCAGUUCAUAGGGCUACCUCUCUAGAAUGUAAUGUGGGGGUGAAAGAAUGUUUUGUGAAUCCACACAUUUAACAGUGGGCAUUGGAACAGGUACACCACCUAAAAGUAUUUUAGAUUAGCAUUCAAUAAAUGCAUUUGUUUUAAAGUAUGUAUCAAUUUGGCUCUGCUGAAGGUUCUUCUGAGCUUCCUUGUGGUGAAACCCUCAAAAGACCGCAGGUGGCUUUUGAGAGACAUUCAUUUUACACUUUUUGGACUUCUCUUUGAUUUUUUUUUUAAAAGAUAUUUAUUAAAAUUUUCAAAAUAUUACAAAAUGAAAAAAGAAAAAAGAAAAAUACAAAAUAAAAGUAGUUAAAAACAACUCAAUCUUUCCGUUACUUAUCUUUCAUUAGCUUGUUUCCCGGACCUCCUCACGCCUCCCUUUUUUGUAUUCCAGUUCAAUUUGUUAGUUCAGCAAAUCCUUCCCCUCUUUGUUUGUCCUAGUCUUUAAUCUUAAAAUAUUAUAACAUUAAAUUUUUACCUGUUAGUAAUCCAUUUUUCAUAUUCCCUUAUAGUAUUACAGCUAAAAACCACUUAAUUUCUAUCCAACAUCAUUCUAACAUUCAUUAAUUUUACAAUAUUUCUGUAAAUAGUUGUUGAACUUUUUCCAAUCUUCUUCCACCGACUCUUCUCCCUGGUCUCGGAUUCUGCCAGUCAUUUCCGCCAAUUCCAUAUAGUCCAUCACCUUCAUCUGCCAUUCUUCCAGGGUGGGUAGGACUUCUCUUUGAUUUUUAACCUCUGGGGGAUGCUGAAGAUGCCUGCUGCAAUUAACUUUCAGCCUAACAGAUGGAAGAUAACGGAAACUCUUGAGUCUCUGGAUCCAGACUCCAUCUGGACAGGUAGAAAUGAAAGUCCAGCAAGCAGUAUGUCUAAAUCCACUGCCCAGAAACAAAAGAGGCCAACACAGUAUAUGCUUGCAGUGGUUUGGCUGGCAGUACUUGAACACACUGUUUAGACUUUCAUUUCUCUAGUACUGGUGGUUGCUGCAUGAGUAUUUGUGUUUGUUGUGCUGAUGUGACAUUGUGAAGGUUGCAUUUGUCAGCACUGUCUCAUUACUGCCUGGGCUCUGCAUGCAGUUAGUUAUUUGCCUGUUCCAAUAUAACUCCUUUCUGUUGAUGACAGGAAAUGAUUUGGCAUAUUUAUAUUUUUCAGCAUUUGGAUUCAUAGCAGGUGACCCUGGGGGUACCUAUUUCCAUUCAAAUCUGUGCUCAUAUCAUGCUUCAGCACAAAAAUAUCUUUCUUCCAAUCAGUCCUCUUGAUAGUUAUUGCCUGUACGAGAGCACUCAGGAUUGAUCACAUAUGGAGUACCUGCAAAGUAUUAUUAAGUCUUGACAAACAAUUUCAUACAUGAUCAUCAACUGGCUUAUAGUUUCAAUUUCCUCUGUACAAUUUAGAAAUUGGAAUAUCCUGUUGUCCAGACAUGAGUAACGUCUGCCAUUCCUAAUUCCUGAUCCUCAAUAUAAAAGUGACUUAUUGGGUCACAUGCAUGACUUGCACACUGAAGUAUACAAACCUGUUGAGAAGUGUGCAUUACAUAUUUGCAGGAAAAUCACUUGCUGAUGUCACCCUGUGCUUAGAUUGCAAAGUGUAAUAUGCAAGUGAUGCUGCGUACACACAAUAUAUUUAAAGCACAUUCCCCACUUCUAGGACCCGUAGAUUGCUAAGUGUGCUGGGAAUUGUAGCUCUGGGAGAUGUUAGCCACAGUUCCCAAGAUUUUUGGGGUGUGUGUGUGGAGAUAUGUGCUUAAAAUGUAUAGUGUCUAUGAAGCAUCAGUUAGGAGUUAGGGAGAAGCACAAGUAGAAAUGUACCGGUAAUAUCUUUUGUAAUACUGCUUCUCUCUGUCUUGCAUGGAAGUGAAGUUUCAAUCUCAGUUAAUUGCAUUUGCUUGACUGCCUGCUUUGUCAAUAGUGCCCUCUUCUAAGGUACUGGCUGUCAAACCCAACAAUCUAACUUCUAAUUAGCAACCUUUGUAUCCUUUAAUGCUUUGUGGGCAGUCACGUUUAGUUUAUUAUCCAUGGCAUUUAUCAAAAAAUGGCUGAUCAUUAUUUUUCCUAUUUUUCAAAUGGGAAACUGAGGUGAGAAGCUGCCUUUCGCAGUAGAGAUGGAACAUACCGUCAUGACUAAUAGCCUUAUCCUCAAUGAAUUUGUCUAAUCCUUUUUUCUUUUCUUUUUUUUGAGCCAUCCAGGUUGGCAGCUAUCACUAUAUAUUGUAUGGGUGAAAUCCAUAAUUUAACACUGCACAAAAAAACCUCUGUAUUCUCCUUUGAGGGCCUCAGUACAGGCUGCUAAGAGUGAAGGCAAUUAUAGCAUCACAACAGGUUAGGGACAAGUUAUUCAAUUACAAUGUUUUACUCAUAACUGCCUGCUUCUCUCUCCUUCCUUGCCCCACCCUAGGUUUUGUCCCAUUUGUUGUAUUAGCCAGUAGCCUUGGCAGUGUCUUCAUUCUUGUGGUAGCCUUUUGGCUGAUUCGAAGGAAGAAGAGGUAAGACGGUUACUGUCAUUCCAUGGGAUGUUAGUUUAGAGUCAUGGUUCUUCAGCUAGAUUGUCCUGUACAAUUAGCAGAUGAAACCAAUUUCAGUAGUCUUACUACAGACUUACUCUGGUACUGUACCACACAAAUUGUCUUUCUCCCAGUGUCCUUACCCUGCCCACCCUCACUGGAGCCAUUCGGGCCAUGAGUCCAAACCACCCCCUGCUCCACUAUUCAUAGCAUCAAUAGAUUAGAACAUCUACUUUAACCAUUGUCUGUGUAGGAAAAGUCCGCCCUUUCAUGACUUCAAUUCAGAGAACAAUAUAACAGGGCUUUAAAAUAAUUGCUGAUAUUCUUCAAUUGCAAUUUCAGCUUUGAGUAACCCAGUUGUUCUGCUUUUCAGCAUCAAACAAACAAGGGAAGAAAAAGGGGUCAUCUACAAGCCAGCGAUCAGCAAAGAGGAGAAUAUUUCCAAAGCAUAAGCUUCUGUUGAGUUACCUUAGUAGCCACUCAUUCACUGCUUUCUCAAACAUUUGCACUGUUUUCUCUUGCUUUAUCACUCAAAUCUGCUGGAUUAUUUUUGCCUGAGCACAAAAAGAGACAAUAACAAACUUAGUUGGCCUCUAAGGUGCUACUGGAAGGAAUUUUUUUAUUUUGUUUUGACUACGGCAGACCAACACGGCUACCUACCUGUAACAAAAAGUGCUAUAGUUUGAAGAAAGCUUUUCAUGUGUAUGAAAAUGUGACUCCCCUCCCCCUAUCAGAAAACCAGUGCUGCUAAUGUUAAGGAAUCACCUGUAUUUAGGGAGCAGAUGACAUUAUUGGUGCCAGAUUGAAAGAUUGUGUCAAUAAUAGAAUUGGAACAGUGGGAAAUAUUGAGAGGAAAAUGAGCAAAUUUGGAUAGAAAACCUGCUUUGGAUGCAGGUUUCCCAGUGCCAGUUUUAAGCAGUUUAUAGGUCAGGGGUCAGGUAUUUUCAAAUAAAACAGGUCAAAUAAAACUCUCAUUUCCUCUGAGACUAUAAUGAGCUCCAUUAGGUUCAGGCUAAAGAAAUCUUGUUUCCUCCUAGUAGUUAUCGCUAGUGACAACAGGUAGAAGCCACAAAUUUGUACAUAAACAAAAACACUAUGUAUACAUAAUCUGUAAUUUCAACUUUAUAUAGCAGCAUGUAAUAAAUAUUUUUAUU